CACUGGUGGGUGGCACUGGUGGGCAGCACUGGUGGGUGGGCACAGGUGGGUGGCACUGGUGGGCACAGGUGGGUGGGCACAGGUGGGUGGCACUGCUGGGCACAGGUAGGUGGCACUUCUGGGCACAGGUGUGUGAAAUUGCAGAGUGGCACAGGUGGGUGCACUGCUGGGCACAGGUGGGUGCACUGCUGGGCACAGGUGGGUGAUCUGCUGGGCACAGGUGGGCGGAGCUAGUGUGCGCACUGCAGGGCACAGGUGGGCGGAACUUGCGGGUGGCACUGCUGGGCACCGAUCAUCAGGGCACUGAUCAUCAGUGCCCUGAUGAUCGCGUGUCAUUGGACACCGCUGAUCAGGUGGUA